AUGGAAAACAUAUCAUGGGCUGUUGUUUCUCUAGUUCUAUGUGUGGCCAUAGGUUUUGUUAGUCCAGCAGACCCAGGUGCGCCACUAAUCUUCAUAUUUGGUGACUCAACUGCUGAUGUUGGAACAAACAAUUUCCUGCCCACCAGCAUGGCUAGGGCUGACUUUCCCCACAAUGGCAUUGACUUUCCUUCCUCAGAACCCACUGGAAGGUUCAGCAAUGGCCUCAACAGUGCUGAUUUUCUGUCUAUGACAUUCGGUCUCAAGAGAAGUCCGCCGCCAUUUUUCUCUCUCAACGCUACGUAUCUUUCCAACAAGACAUUUGGUGGUGUUAACUUUGCUUCUGGAGGGUCAGGCCUAUUUGACAUAACUGGAAAAAAAUCAGUGCUGGCUCUUAUGAAGUAUGGAAUGCCAAAGAAAACUCAGUUUGAUGCCUCAUCCGUCAGUCAGAAAAAUGUUGUCCCAUUAGCAGAGCAGAUACAACAAUUUUCCAUUGUCAAGAGCAAUCUUACCGCCAUAAAAGGGGGGAGGAGAGUAACUGAGAGGUCCUUGUUCUUCAUCAGCGUUGGUAGCAAUGACCUUUUCGGAUAUUACCACUCAAACAGUUCCAUACCAAAGGAAGAAUUCUUAUCUUCUUUAUUACUUGCUUAUGAAAACCACUUGAAGGGCUUAAUCGAUCUUGGAGCGAGGAAGUUUGGCAUCAUUAGCAUUGCCCCAAUCGGAUGCUGUCCAUCUCAAAGGGUUCACAACGCCUCUGGCGGGUGUUUGGAAGAUUUAAAUGAUCUUGCUGUAACUUUCCACUCAAGGUUGGAUGCCCUAAUGUCCAAGCUGAGCUCAGAAUACAAGGACGUCAAGUAUGCACUUGGCAAUGCAUUUGAGAUGACAAUAAAUGUCAUUCGGAACCCUCUUCCGUUCAAUUUUACACAAGUGGAAGCUGCGUGUUGCGGAGCUGGGAAGCUCAACGGUGAAUCCUUCUGCAGGCCAAAUGCCACUCUUUGUUUGAAUCGUGACAACUACUUGUUCUGGGAUCUAUUUCAUCCAACACAGGCUGCUUCUAAGUUAGCAGCUGUUACCCUUUUCAAUGGUGGACCACAAUUCGUAACCCCGAUAAAUUUCGCUCAGUUGGCCAUGGCUUAAUGGAGUAACCAUUUUGAAGUGAUCAAUUGUAUCCCCAGAA